AUGACUGCUGAAGCUGAACACUAUAUACCUACCAUCGACAUUAGCCCAUGGCUGCUCCCUGGCUCCUCGGAAGAUGCCAAGCAGAGUGUCGUCGAGCAGGUUCACCACGCUGCCACCACAUAUGGCUUCUUCCAAGCCGUUGGCCAUGGCGUGACGCCUGAAAAGAGACAGCAGAUGCUUGAUCUCACCAAAAAGUUCUUUGCCCUCCCGCUUGAGGAGCGCAUGGAGAUUAGCGUCAGCAAGUCCAUGGGCCAAUCAUUCCGUGGCUACGAGCCGUCGCUUAUCCAGACGCACCACGAGGGUCUUCUACCCGAUACUAAAGAGACAUUUGUUGUGGGCGCGGAAGUCCCAGCUGAUCACCCCGACGCUGGAUCGUUCUCAGUCGGUCCCAAUCUAUGGCCCAAGUCACUGCCUGACGACGAAUUCCGCAAGCCCAUUAUGGAGUACCAAGACCAAAUGGUCAACUUGGUCAAGACCUUGCUCAAGAUUCUCCGCAAAGGUCUUCCUGAAGAGUGGAACUGCAAGGACGACGUACUCGACGUUCUGGCAGAGAACCCUUCCAUUCCCAUGAGAAUGCUGCACUAUGCGCCCCAGCCCGAAAGACAUGAGAAUCAGUUUGGUGUCGCUGAUCACACUGAUUUUGGCUGCCUGACUAUCCUCCUGCAGGAACUCGGUACACGUGGUCUCGAAGUCUUUUACCCUCCUACAGGAGCCUGGAUUCCCGUGCCUCCCAAGGAGAAUGCCUAUGUCAUCAACAUCAGCGACACUAUGGACCGCUACACCAACGGUUACUACCGCAGUGCUCGCCACCGCGUUCUCACUACCAACAAGAACCGCUACAGCGUGGCGUUUUUUCUCAAUGGAAACCUCAAGCUGGACGCCCCAACUUUGGAUGGUUCUGGUGGGCGUAUCAUCCUGGGCGAGCAAAUCCGCCAGCGAGCCAGUAAGACUCUUGGCGACUUGCUCAAGCGACCCAAGCCACAGGAGGUAGCCUGA